UUUUUUGAUUAUUUUUUCGUGCAGGUUAUACGCAUGAGGUAUGGCAUAUGAAUUCAACGCGGAAGGGAACCAGUGAUGGAAUUGAAGCCUCCGGAGAGGCGAUGUGACUUGCCACCACAAGUAUGCGGUCUGUGUGCGCAAGUCUUCUUUUCGCCGUACGAUUUCUCCAUCCAUUUAAAGUCACAUAAUGUGCCUGGCCUUAGUAUCCCUGGCGCUUCGAGUAACCUGAGCACUUCGGGGCCCGUUUUCCCUUCAACUGCUGGGCCUAUCAAACGAAGAGUGAGCAAAGAUCGGGGAUCGCAUUCGAAAAGUGACGGUGGGGGCUACUGCGAACUGUGCAAAAAGUUUUUUUCUCGGAAGGACCAUGUCCGCAGACACCUUGUGACCGUCCACAAGCUCGGCGCCGAAUUUGCCGAAAACGACUCAUUGGUACGGAUCGGCGAGCCGCCCCCGCCGGCGCCACCACCACCCAAGAAGAAGGAGAAAGUCGAAGUGGUGCGGUCGCACGAACGCGGAGACCCGUGGUGUCGCAUCUGCAGCAAGUUCUUUUCGCGAAAGGACCACUUGAAGCGGCAUUUGAAAAAUGUACACGGGGUGAGUGCGGAGGAGGCGGACCAGUUGUGCUUGCCUUUCAACCCGCUGGCUGCCCAAGCCUCGCCUCAGGGCUCUUGCUGACGGUAUUUUCCCCUGCCCAAAAUUGCUUUCGUUUUUGGUUGAAGAAAUGAGAAGAAAGAAAGAGUGAGGAAGGAGAGCGAGCGGAACAACAAACUCAGUGCGUUAAUUCAACACGCUGUUCGCUGCAUUUCUGCGGAAGUGCGACAUCAUAUCCAUUACGUACUUCCAAUUGGUAUUGAAGAGUUUCUCGGCAAUUAAUUUUGAAUUUCUAUUUAAAAUGAGUUUCUGUUAUAUUCCGGAUAGUCACAUUUCCAUGACCUUUCUAUUUCAUAGUUUCAGCUUGUAUUUUGUUCUUAGGUUAUGUCUUGUCCGAGAUUGUUGCGACGCAUGUCUGACGUUCAAAAAACGAGAAUUGGGAGCAGUAUAUAAAAGUACUGUACGGUGCUGGAAUUAGUUAAAUUUUUUAUGUUACUGUUGAUAUCCUUGCAUCUUCCAUCAUACCUGUUAAAAACAGAAGGCUUCAGUUUCUAUCGUAAUUUCAACACGUCAGUUGCCUCCUGGAAUCUCUUGCUAUGUGUUUUAAUGCGGGCAGUUGCGCUCAAUACAAGAAUAUUGUACCAUUUUGGACGACAAAAAUUCCUAUUCUCAGUAUGCAAAAGAAGCGAGUUCGUAUUUCGAGAGCCUGACUUUCCGUUGUGAGAAAUAUGCAGCAGAAUUUGAUGAUCGCAGCCCCGCAUAUCGCACUGAUUAAAACCGAGACUCUGCUGAACUUCUUUUCCAUAGUUCGCAUUCACGUUCGUGUUGGCUUGUGUAAACGUUCUAGCUGCAUACAUGGGUGUUUUUUUCUGACAGAAAAGCUUGCGAUCGGCGUGUUGAACGAGUACAAAUAGUAAAAUGCAUUCGUCUUUCCUUCACUUAUCCAUGUGGGCAUUUCACACACACUAAUCUUAGCUGUUACCCGCCAGGCAUGGUAUUCUGCUGCGACAAAUUAGUAGUAUUGUUCUUAUGAAUCCGUGUUAUAUUCUUGUGUACGAAUCUUCCGAUUUUCUGUGCCAUACGCGAAAAAUUGUUCGUCGGAGAUUCGCUUUUUAUUUCCAUUUUUCCUUUCGAAUGUUUCUUCGCGGAAAUUUUUCAACACGGUGUUGCCCACGCAUUUUUUUAUUGAUGUCGACGUUCAUGUGUACACUUUGUUGAUUAUUGUGUGACGUGUUUGUUGUGGCCCGCAUUCCCCUUUUUUUACAACUUGGGUGAAAGAAAAAAGGGGUCGGGUUGCUUAAUAUUUUGAGCACGAGAGGAUGUGUUUUUUUAUUUGAUCAAAGAAGAAGAAAGUGGAACUGAGCGCGCUGGUUUGAAUGAGAAGUUCGAUGGCAUCUUGCUUGGAUCUAUGUUUCUGUGUCGAAGAUCUGUGUCUUGAUUUGUACUUCAUCGUUUCUCCUGGUGUUCUAUUCAUUUCCUACACUGUGAUACGGGUUUUGAGGGACAUGAUUUUCUAAGGAUAUCUAACUUACUCCAGAAAUGCAUCACAUCUACUCGCUUAAUUUAAAUCAACAUAACGACAAAAAUUGCUGUCAAGUAACUCGUAAAAAAAAUGUUCUGUGAAUUCAAAAUUAAUUCCUAAUUGUAUAGGAUUCAUGGUGAUCGAAAUUUUGGUGCGGAAAAUUCUCACGGGAUUGCUCUAAAUUAAGUUUUCUUUGCAAACGUUCUUUUAGUAAAAAUGUAUUAUUUUCUGGAUUUAAGCAAUGGCUGUCCUUUUUUUAAUAAAAAUGUUUCGCGAACGUUCGCUGAACAUGGGACAGUUUAUUGGCAGUCCGUUUCGAAAAAGGCACGAGUAAGAUGCAGUUCGAUUUUGCCUUAAUCAUGUGUCAACAUGGAUGGACUCACGAUUCUAUUAUCAGAUCACGCAUUUUAGGAAGACCUACAUGGUACCUUGAAAUUUGUUGUCCCUUAGAAACACAGUGCACAGAAAAGUU